AGUUAGGGUUCCAGUUUCACUCUCUAUCUCCUAAAAAAUCAAAAAUUUAAUAAAAAACCUACCUUUACUGCUACUCUCACUUCUAUUUUCCCCCUAAAUUCUCUCUCCCUUUUCACGUAACCUGUCCUUUCUUUUACGAAUUUCGCACAAUUCCAAUUCUAGUGUGUUGAAUCAGCCGUUUUGUUGUUAAAUUCCGCUACGGCCUGCAUAAUUCCCACUUAAAUAGAGAAUUAACAUGCAAACUGUGCAACGUAGUUGUCCCUAAGAAUUUGGUUUGAGUGGUGGGUUGCUAUGGAUGUUCAUGUGAUUGAUGAAGAGGAGGGGAUGGGUCACCGUGUAAUGGCCUAUGAUGGUGAUGCUGAACCCAUUGAGGGUGGAGAAGUAAAUAAUGCGGAGCAUUCUUCGGCACAUGAUGAAGAUGUAGUGCCCGAGCCAUAUGUGGGUAUGGAAUUUCAUUCUGAGGAUGUUGUAAAAACUUUCUAUGAUGAGUAUGCGAGACGACUAGGUUUUAGCUCCAAAGUUGUUCAUUUUAACCGUACUAAAACUGAUGGGAUCAAUGUUCGUGAGUUUGCAUGUGGCAGAGAGGGUUUGAAAAGGAGGUCUGCAGAUAGUUGUGAUGCAAUGCUUAGGGUAGAGCUUAAGGGUCAAAACAAAUGGGUUGUAACAAAAUUCAUAAAGGAGCAUAGCCAUUCUAUGGUGAGUCCCAGCAAAGUGCAUUACCUUAGACCCCGCAGGCAUUUUGCUGGUGCUACAAAAGGCAUCGCUGAAACUUACCAAGGAGGGGGAAUUGUACCUAGUGGGGUAAUGUCUGUUUCCAUGGAUGGAAACCAUGCACCUGCAGAGGCUAAUCGUGGUCUUAGGAAUUCUCCUGCUGCAGAAGCAAAUCGUGUAAGUAAGAAUGCUUUCCCAUUAAAUUACACCGUUAGGCCCAAUUUUCGAAAAAGGACACUAGGGAGGGAUGCUCAGAAUCUGUUAGAAUAUUUCAAGAAAAUGCAGGCUGAAAACCCUGGUUUCUUUUAUGCAAUACAACUUGAUGAAGAUAAUCGCAUGGCCAAUGUUUUUUGGGCAGAUGCAAGGUCGAGGACAGCUUACAACCAUUUUGGGGAUGCAGUUACAUUGGAUACAAAUUACAGAGUAAAUCAGUAUAGAGUGCCAUUUGCUCCAUUUACUGGUGUUAACCAUCAUGGUCAAACAAUUUUAUUUGGCUGUGCAAUACUUCUAGAUGAUUCUGAGGCUUCUUUUGUUUGGCUUUUCAAGACAUUUCUCACAGCAAUGAAUGAUCGGCAGCCUGUUUCUAUUAUCACUGAUCAAGACAUGGCCAUUCAGCUAGCAGUGUCUCAGGUGUUUCCUGAGUCCCGACACUGUAUUAGCAAAUGGCAUGUCUUAAGAGAAGGCCAAGAAAAAUUGGCUCAUGUGUGUCAUGCACAUCCUAAUUUUCAGGUGGAAUUGUACAACUGUAUCAACUUAACUGAGACUAUUGAGGAGUUUGAUUCAUCUUGGAGUUCUAUCCUUGAUAAAUAUGAUCUGAGUGGACAUGAUUGGCUGCAAUUAUUGUAUAAUGCUCGUGCUCAAUGGGUCCCAGUAUAUUUUCGAGAUUCCUUUUUUGCUGCUAUAUCUCCAAAUCAAGGGUUUGAUGGCUCCUUUUUUGAUGGCUAUGUGAACCAACAAACAACAUUACCAUUGUUCUUCAGACAAUAUGAAAGAGCUCUAGAAAAUUGUUUUGAAAGAGAGUUAGAAGCAGAUUUUGAUACAAUUUGCACUACACCAGUUCUGAGGACACCAUCUCCAAUGGAAAAACAAGCAGCAAGUAUGUACACAAGGAAAAUAUUUGCAAAAUUUCAAGAAGAGUUAGUUGAAACUUUUGUCUAUACUGCUAAUAAAAUUGAGGGUGAUGGGAAUAUCAGCACAUUCAGGGUUGCAAAAUUUGAGGAUGACCAUAAAGCAUAUAUUGUUACAUUGAACUAUCCAGAAAUGAAAGCAAACUGUAGCUGUCAAAUGUUUGAGUAUUCAGGCAUUCUAUGUAGGCACGUUUUGACAGUCUUCACAGUGACAAAUGUACUUACAUUGCCAUCUCACUACAUCUUAAAAAGAUGGACGAGAAAUGCCAAAACUGGUGUUGGAGUAGAUGAACGUGGUGGUGAAUUACAUGGACAAGAGUCUCUCGCAUUGCGGUACAACAAUUUGUGUAGGGAAGCCAUCAAAUAUGCAGAGGAAGGGGCAAUAGCUGUGGAUACUUACAAUGUUGCAAUGAGUGCUCUUAGAGAAGGUGUGAAGAGAAUUGCUGCUGCAAAGAAAAAUGUUGCCAAAGUUCCUCCUCCCAGCUCGCAGGCUGGUGGGAUUGGUUACGAUGACAGGAAAAGCUCUACAUCAGCAUCAGAUACAACCCCAUUGUUGUGGCCAAGGCAAGAUGAAGUUACUCGGCGAUUUAAUCUAAAUGACGCUGGUGCUCCAGCUCAAUCUGUUGCUGAUCUGAAUCUUCCCCGCAUGGCCCCUGUGUCCCUUCAGAGGGAUGAAGGUGCUCCUGGAAACAUCGCAGUUCUUCCUUGUCUCAAAUCGAUGACUUGGGUGAUGGAGAAUAAGAAUUCAACAUCAGGGAACAGAGUUGCUGUCAUCAACUUGAAGUUGCAAGAUUACAACAAGAAUCCUUCAACAGAAUUAGAGGUUAAGUUUCAACUAUCAAGAGUUACGCUCGAGCCCAUGUUGAGAUCUAUGGCGUAUAUUAGUGAGCAGCUUUCUACACCAGCUAACAGGGUUGCUGUCAUUAAUUUAAAGUUGCAAGAUACUGAAACAACUUCAGGAGAGUCAGAUGUCAAAUUUCAGGUGUCUAGAGAUACAUUAGGUGCCAUGCUGAGAUCAAUGGCCUACAUCCGCGAGCAGCUCUCAAAUGUUGCUGAGCCCCAGCCAGAGCCUCUAUCAAAGAAGCCGAGGAAGUAAAGGCAUCGAAUUUGUUGCCCGUUUUGUUCCCCCAGGUGCAAUCAGUUUGCAUAGAUGGAUAGCAAAUGUUUGUUAACCAAAUUCUGUCAUUGUCUCUGUUGCUGUCCUCGAAAUUCUGUCAUUUCUCCCAAUGACUCGGGAACCCCCACCAAUCCUCCCUCUUCAUGGGGCUUUUGAUCUGGCUAGCAUUUUUCUAUUUGUGCCUCCGAUCUUCCUCCCCCACCCAAAGUUACCAUCCACUCAAUAACCCUGUGUAAACUUGUGUAACAUAUUUGUACAUGUAGUGUUGCAAAUUCAAAAAUCAAAGGCAUCAAGUUAAGGUUUUUGAUCUAGUCUUUCUUUGUAAUGUGCCUUGUUAAAUAUUUUUCUUUAACAUUUGUCAAGAAGUAAAUUCUGGAUGUGAUCUGAGUCUAA